UUAAUAAGUAGUUUUUUUUUUAAUUUUAGAAGUGCGAAAUUUCGUUUUAAAAAUGUUGGAUACAAGAAACCAAGUUGUAAGAUUGGGAAACACAAGGAUGCAAUGGAUUUUCGCUUUAUCCGCAAACCUCGCUUUAAUGUUGUACGGAUUGGAAACUGGCUGGAUGUCGCCAAUAACAAGGAGUUUACUGUCUGAUGAAUCUCCUAUUGGAGUUCCACUGACAGAUAACGAAGUGUCAUUAGUGGCCAGUAUUUUGUGUGUAUUUGGUGCGAUCAGUGCGCCAUUUUAUUCAUACAUUGCUGAUAUAUACGGACGAAAAUAUGCCGUCAUUACUGUGCCUACUUUUGGAAUGCUAUCAUGGAUUACAAGAUUAUCAUUUCCAUCUACAGUGGGUUUGGUUGUAGGAAGAGCAUUCGCCGGUGUUGCUGCUGGAGGAUCUUUUAUCGUAGUCCCAAUGUACGUGAAAGAAAUCAGUCAGGAUGAUAUCAGAGGUCUUCUAGGUUCCCUGCUAGUGAUGGCUUUAAAUUCAGGCAUACUCUUCAUGUAUAUUAUGGGAGCAUAUUUGGAUUAUUUCCUCGUACUUUGGAUGGUACUAUCUCUUAGUAUAUUGACAAUUGUUCUAAUGAUAAAGAUGCCUGAAUCACCAAGCUUUCUUGUCAAGAAGGGGUAUGUUGAAUUGGUUCCGGCUAUAAGAGUGCUGUUAUUUCAGGAAGCGACAAAAACUAUUGCUUUUCUCAGAGGCCUGGAUGUCGACAAUGAAUCAGUUAAAAGAGAAAUUGAUAUAUUGAAGAAGCAACAGUUAUAUUUCGAAUCUCUACCUAAAACUUCCUUGGUCGCUAUAUUUAAGAACAAGAACUGGCGCGGUCUAGUCAUUCUGGCGCUCCUCAUCAUCACGGUGCAUGCCACCAAUGGAACAUUUGCCAUCAUCAACUAUGGCUCCAGUAUCCUCGCUUCCAGCGGCGUCCAAUCUAGCAUCAGCGCGGAAAUGCAGGCGCUUAGCUUCCCUGUUAUGUUGAUCAUUGGAUCUUUGGUGUCGAUGGGAUGUGUGGAAAGGUUUGGACGUAAGCCGUUGUUGGUCGGAUGUUUGUUAAUAUCGGCCUGUUCGACUGGCACUAUGGGUUGUGGAAUGCUCCUCCAAGCGAACGGCAUUAGCCCGCCGAGCUGGCUCCCUGUAUUGGCUAUGGUCUGCACGAUCUUCGGAUACGCUGCCGGUAUAUGUCCGUUACCUUUCAUCAUCAUGUCGGAAAUGCUCAAUUUCCAGAUCCGUGCUAAGGUAAUGGGAUUAGUGUUAAUGCACUCUUGGUGUAUGUCUUUCUUGCAACUAAUGUUGUACGCACCUAUAACCGCCACCCUGGGCAUGUACACCACCUUCUUCUGCUUCGCCGGUAUCAACUUGGUAGGUUUCUUCGUAGCAUUAAUUUUGUUACCAGAAACAAAAGGAAAGAGCGAUGAACAAAUUGAAGAAGAGUUUAGAAAGAAGUAGAUAAUAAACGGAGAGAGUUCUUUUUAUUAAAGACUUGUGCAUGAAAUUUUGGAAAAAGAUUAUGCUGGCAUCUCGAAAUGAGAUAAUAGAAUUUGUAUGUGCCAAGUGAUUAUUGAAUCUAAUCGCUAGUUCGAAUAUUUGCUAUGAAGUUUACUCAGGCGUUAGCGGAAUUUUUCUACCAAAGUAACUAAAAAUUUCGGCUUUUGCGAGUAAGAUACUUCGUCCUUUUUCCUUGUGAGUUGGAUAUGGGAUUUAAUUUGUACCUCUAAUUCCUUUACCUCAAUCUAUGAAAAGGAGUACACGCACAACAAACUAUUUUCGUUUGUUCAAUUACAAAAUACUGUAAUAAUUUUCUCAUCUAUAAAUAAAAACUAUUGAAAUCACCACAGAUAAAAAAUUCUAUCUAAGAUUACGAAAUAUGAUUUAUACCAUCGAUUUAUCUGACAUGUUUUAUCACUUUAUUGAUUCCUAAUUAAACC